ACUGGUUCACCGUAUCCCAAUAUCGUUUCACUAUUUCAGUUAAUUAUGUAACACCACUGUCACAUAGGUUUUAGAUAUAAGAAACGUACUCAUUGUACAGUCACGCUUUAAUAAUAAAACCCAGGAUUACAGUGUUCUAGUGAUGCAGCAUUUUAGAGAGCAGACUACACAUCCCAGCAUGCUGCAUUCUAUGUGACACUAUCACAGGGCGACCAGGAAACAACCACUACAGCAUGCCAGGGGGAUGCAAUGGCUGAGCUGCACUGACAGUCAGACUGGGCUGUGUCGUCAUAUGAUUUUCUGGAGGAUGCUGUGCUUUUUCAUUGUUUGCCUACUAGUACAUCUGGUCUUCUUUGUCUCUAUUUUUGACAUCUAUUUUACCUCUCCGCUGGUCCAUGGCAUGACCCCGCAGCGCACAUUGCUUACACCACCUGCAAAACGUCUAGUGCUCUUUGUAGCCGAUGGAUUACGUGCUGACACCUUCUUUGAGUUGGAUGAGAAUGGUGCUUCUAGAGCUCCCUACCUCAGAGAUAUUAUGCAAACAAAGGGUAGCUGUGGUGUGUCUCACACUCGAGUCCCUACGGAGUCUAGACCAGGACAUGUUGCACUGAUAGCAGGAUUUUAUGAAGAUGUCAGUGCAGUUGCGAAAGGCUGGAAGGAAAAUCCAGUUGAGUUUGAUUCUGUGUUCAAUGAAAGUGUUUACACUUGGAGCUGGGGGAGUCCAGAUAUCUUACCCAUGUUUGCCAAAGGUGCCAGUAGAGGUCAUGUAUUUACACAGUGUUACUCUGCAGAAAGCGAAGACUUUGCAUCUGAAGAUGCCUCCAAACUGGAUACGUGGGUAUUUGACCAUGUGAAGAAUUUCUUCAGAUCUGCUAAAAACAACCAAACACUGUUAAAAAAGCUGAAUGAAGAGAAAGUAGUGUUUUUCCUUCAUCUUCUUGGACUGGACACCAAUGGGCAUGCACAUAGGCCAGGUUCAAGCGAGUACAAAGAAAAUGUGAAGAAAGUUGAUGAAGGAGUCAAAGACAUGGUAACCUUUAUUGAAGACUUUUAUGGAAAUGAUGAUAAAACCGCUUUCAUCUUCACCUCUGACCACGGCAUGACAGACUGGGGGUCCCAUGGUGCUGGGCAUCCUUCAGAAACCCUGACUCCACUGGUUGCUUGGGGAGCAGGAGUUCAUUAUCCAAGGACAAAUGAUUUUCAUGACACGAUCAUGCCAUGGCCAAAAGAUUGGAAAUUGGAAAAUGUUAAACGGCUCGAUGUAAACCAGGCAGACGUGGCACCGCUGAUGACCGCUCUUAUUGGAGUAUCUUACCCCCUGAACUCUGUGGGAAUUUUGCCUGUGGAGUAUCUGAACAGCAGCAGUAUCUUUAAAGCAGAGAGUAUGCUUACUAAUGCUUUUCAAAUUUUGGAGCAGUUUAAGGUCAAAAUGAAACAGAAAAAAGAAACUACAUUACCCUUGUUAUUUUCACCAUUUAGUUUGCUUUCAGAGUCUAAGCAGCUUGACAUUUUGAGGAAAAUAAGAUCUUACAUUCAGGAGGGAAGUUACAAAGAAGCGAUGGAUCUGUGCAGAGCUUUGAUUGAUCUGGCCUUAGAAGGACUUGUUUAUUACCAUACCUAUGACAGAUUCUUCCUUGGCAUAAGUGUCGUAAUGGGAUUUACUGGUUGGAUUUCAUAUGUAAUCAUUAUCAUUUUUAAGACAAAUACCAGUAUAACGGAGAAAUCUGUGAGUUACAAUGGGGUACCGACAUCAUUUAUGAGAUACAUAUUUGGUGUUCUGGGGCUCUGCACAGUGAUUUUCCUGAUAAUCCAGUCAAGCCCAUGGACCUACUAUGUAUAUUGCCUGUUACCUAUUAAUAUCUGGUUUGCUGCAUUAAAAGAGUUCUGGAUUUUUCAUAGACUUAGAAGUUAUCUAAUGACUGUUUCACCACUUGGAGCCCUGGGAUAUGUUAUUGUGUUUUUUGGGGGAAUUGAAAUAUUGGUCCUCAGCUUCUUCUAUCGUUCAGUGCUUACAGGUGGUCUGGUGGCUUUUGCAUGCUGGCCAUUGAUGACAAGGUUGUGGACACAAGCUAAGAUAACAGUUGUGAGUUGGGUUCUCUUGUGCUUGCUGCUGGCAGUGUUUCCCUUGAUGCCUGUUGUUGGAAGGGAGCCCAACAUCAGUCUGGUCACAUGCGCUGGACUAUUAGCCAUUCUCAUUUCCUUGGCCUCCCUUGUAUCACUUUGGAAAAACAGAGACAGAGUUAUGGAAGAGAAAGAUUUCACCGUGCAUAUCUGGCAGAUUCUGGGCCUUACAGUUUCCAUGUGCAUUGUCAACCUUACCCACUCCAGUCUAGCAACCAAACAAGGACUGCCACUGCUGAACCAAAUUUUUAGUUGGGCAAUAUUAGCUUUUUCCUUGGUUGUGCCGUUACUUAGUGCCACAUUCCUGUUCAAGAGGCUGCUGAGCAUUUUCCUUUCGUUCAUGUCCUCCUACCUUCUUCUUAGUACAGGGUAUGAAGCUUUAUUCCCCGUGGCGCUGUCAUGUUUGAUGUUUGUGUGGAUAUUUAUAGAGCAGGAAAACUUAGUAAAGCAUGGCUUUUCUUUCAAGCAAAAGCUUAACAGUAUCGACUUCUCCUGCAGUACUGAUAUAACUCAUUUUCGACAGCUGAACUACGAUGACAUUCGGAGGUCUUUCUUUUUGGUGUUCUUUAUAGUGACAGCUUUUUUUGGAACUGGAAAUAUAGCCUCAAUUAACAGUUUUGAUCCAGCCUCUGUAUACUGCUUCCUUACUGUGUUCAACCCCUUUGUGAUGGGUGCAUUGAUGAUGUGGAAGAUUCUCAUCCCUUUCAUCUUGGUGAUGUGCUCUUUUAAAACUGUUCAGAUCUCAGCACAGAUAUCCUCUAAAAGUCUGUUUCUCAUCGUUCUAGUGAUAUCAGACAUUAUGUCUCUGCAUUUUUUCUUCCUGGUUAAAGAUUAUGGGAGUUGGCUGGACAUUGGAACAAGCAUCAGCCACUAUGUAAUUGUGAUGUCUAUGACUAUCUUCCUGUUGCUUCUGAGUGGUUUGGUUCAGUGCCUUACUACAAAGAAGAUAUUGAUUUGGAGAAAAAAGAAGCACCAUGCCACCUGACACAGAUUAAGGGCUACUGCACUGUUACUUGAAAGUAAAUAUAGAAGAAACAUUACAGAUUGCACUGACAAUUUGCUAAAAUCCAUUCUUGAGUAUUUGUAUAAAUCUUAAACAUGAACAAUGAAUCAUAUUCUACUGUUUUUAAAGCAGUGUAGAAAGUGAGCAUAAAUGUGUCAUUAGUUGCAUCGUUAUGUUGUUCAUCUUUUUAGUAUAUUUUAUGGUUCAGUUGCCUAAUGUGGCUGCUGUUGUCGAUUCGGUAGUAUACUCAGCGAUUAAAAGCUCUCCAUAGAUAGCAACACACUGUAGUUAAUGGACCCUAGUGAGAGGCAGAUCAUGUGUUUUGUUUGCCUGACUAUUUUACAUCAGUCACUUAGCACUGAUACUACCCACUGUUCCUCACGGGUUGUGUUUAUGUGACCAGCGGUCACAAUACCGACGCCAGAAUCCCGGCAUCUGAAAAUCCCACCAGUCGGCAUGCCAACCAACAGGGACUAUUUCCACUCGUGGAUAUCCAUGAAACCCAUAGAAUGGGAAUUGAACCUGUGGCGAGCACCGAGCCCGCAAGGGGCUUCGUUGCGCUUGCCCCCCCGUCGGCUAUACAACACCUGGAAUCCUGACAUUGGUAUUGUGCCCGUCAGUCUCCUGACCGCUGGUCACACAUACCCAACCCUUCCUCACUUAGCAGGCAGUGUACACACUGAAGACUAUUGCAUUCUGCAGCUUGGCAGAGCAUCUCUCUGUAAUAUUAGUCCAAUAAGAUACUUUGCAACAUUAAAUUAUUGUUGUUUACACAUUAUUGUACAAAAUCUCAGACAUUAUCCUGUACAGUACUAGCAUAAUAGCUAAAAGGAACAACAAUGAAGUUACUGUAUGUCAUUGUACUGGAUGACUAUAAAUAAUAACUUAUCAUGGGUGUAGAUUUCUUUCAGUAAAAUGUUUUUACUUAUGUUUUGUAAUAAUUAAAACAAGUUUUCUUCUA